GUCCCUCCGCACACUUAACCGGGUUUGCAGCCAUGGCAUCCGAGCGGCUGCCCAGCAGGCCUGCCUGUCUCUUGGUGGCCAGCGGCGCUUCUGAAGGUGUGUCAGCCCAGUCCUUCUUCCACUGCUUCACAUUGGCCAGUGCUGCCUUCAACCUACAGGUGGCCACCCCUGGGGGAAAGGCCAUGGACUUUGUGGAUGUGACCGAGAGCAAUACACGCUGGGUACAAGACUUCCGUCUCAAAGCUUACGCAAGCCCCGCUAAGCUUGAGUCCAUAGAUGGUGCCCGGUACCAUGCUCUCCUGAUUCCCAGCUGUCCUGGCGCCCUGACUGACCUUGCCAGCAGUGGGUCCCUGGCUCGGAUACUGCAGCACUUCCGCUCAGAGAGCAAACCCAUCUGUGCCAUUGGCCAAGGUGUCGCUGCCCUGUGCUGUGCUACCAAUGAAAACAGGUCCUGGGUGUUCGAAGGCUACAGCCUGACAGGGCCUUCUGUGUAUGAGCUCAUCAGGGCACCUGACUUUGCCCGCCUGCCGCUGGUUGUGGAGGACUUUGUGAAGGACUCUGGCGCUGGCUUCAGUGCCAGUGAGCCCGACGCCGUGCAUGUGGUGCUGGACCGCCACCUGGUCACUGGUCAGAAUACAAACUCCACUGUUCCCGCUGUCCAGAACCUGCUCUUCCUCUGUGGCAGCCGGAAGUAAUUUGGAUGCUGUCCUUGAUCCUGGUGGCCUAGAGACAACAGCUGAACUCACUGUGGCCUCUUCUGUUGGUCCUUACCUGACAGGGCCCUCAAGCCUCCGUUUGGACCCUGUGGAAUGCUGGAGGCCUCCAAGAGUUAAGACUUGGAUAGUAUCAGUUCUUGUGUAGACUGAACAUUCCUCCUCUAUCCCCAGAACACAGUGGGGAGCAUCUUGGCUGGCCAGGCAGUCUCUGAGAACUGCAAAGUGAACACUCCAAGAAUUGUCCCUGGGAGAGGCAAUUGUGGGGUCUCAGAAUGGGAUGCUGCUCUUCUAUGGCCCUUUGGCUAUUCUCAUCCCUUUAGCUGUUGGUGAGAACCAUGGGGAAAGGACCAAAAAACUGGAACUUGCUAUGAAUUCAUCUUGCCAGAGGUGAACAGUGGAUAUUUUCUUAGCCCUAAGCAGGCAGCAUUCUUGCUGAAGAAGACUGCCCAUGUUUAAAUCUUGCAAUCUUGCCUAUGAUUUUUUUUUUUCCUGAGAUAGCGUUUCUCUGUAGCUUUGGAGCCUGUCCUAGAACCCACUCGAGGCAGCACGGGCUGGCCUCAGAUUCAGAGAUCUGCCUGCCUCUGACUCCCGAGUGCUGAGAUUAAAGGCGUGUGGUACCACUAUCCAGCUGGCCUGUGGUUUUUAAUGCAAAACAGGCCCCAGCUCAGCCUGCCAUGGUCCUAGGUCCUUGGAGUGGACACAGUGAUGUCACCCUGCCUCAUAUGGCGUAGAAAAAAUACUAGUGCCACACCUGGAGACCCUUAAACUGCUGUUAGCCCACAGUUUGUCAAAUUGCCCCUGGCUUACAGAAGCCUCAGGCCAGGUAUUCCAUCUAUUCCUAGAAGGAAAUGGCCGUAGAUGGGUUUGGGCUAUAUGGAGCAGGAACAUCCAUGAGUCCUGUCUUCCAGACCCUGCUUUUGCUGAGGACCUGAUAUGGCCAUCUCCCUCCUGGACAUGCUUAUUUGCGGUCAAUCCUGGGGCACCUGGCCAGGACGGUAGCUUCCAGUCAGUAGCCUUCUAGCCUUAGACGAGAGCCUUCCAAGUAACUUGGACCUCUUAAUUUCCCUCUCCACUUAACUUUUGCCCAGAGUAGCACCAGUGCCAGAGACCUGGAGGAAUACCUUUUGGCGGUUAAUAACCUUUAAUGGGGGAAGUCCAGAACACGUGGAAGAAAGCAGCAGGAGAGCCCACCUGUCCUGGAUCCUCCCUGGCCAUGCACUGCCCUCAUCUGCCAUGAACACUAUGUAAUGAUAGAUAUUCCUGGACAAAGCCUUAAAAUCUGAGGCCGUGCGUUAGGCUUGGCUGGUUCAGUCACAGGCUGGGUGAUCUGUAAACAACAUAUUUCACACACAUUUUGAAGCUUGAAGUCCAAGCAUAGUGAACUAGGUGUGUCUGGUAAGGGUUUCCUGGCUCAGACCUCUUUGCUCCUUAUCAGGUCGGAAGAGGUAGGUGCUUUCUGGAACCUUUUCAGAAGUUACUAAUUGCUUCAUGAAGCCAAAGUCCCAUUUAACACCAUCACCUCAAAGACGAUGUUUUAGCACGAAUUAGGGGACAGCUUCAGACACUGGGAGGUGAUAGAUACCAUGCUGAUGGGUUGAGAGUUUCUUCUAAUUGGCUGGCUCUCUAUGAGUGUCAUGUUUGUUCCCUCUCUCUAGACAGGGUUUCUCUGUGUUCCCUUGUCUAUCCUCAAACUCAGCCUGCCUCUGCUGGGAUUAAAGGCUUAUGCCGCCACCACCCGUAUCUAUACUGAGGCUACAUAGCUGUAGCAGGUGAGGUGGGCUCUGGUUGUGCCAGACCUCUGUUCCAAGGGUACCCAGUCCUAGGUGGAGAAGGGGACAGCAAGCUGGAGAAGAUGGAGAAGAGAGAAUGAACAAAUCCAUGGAAAAGUGGCAGCUGAGCUCAGGGUAUGUUCAUAAGCACAUUUAUAACUACUCAAGAUAAAUAAAACCUUACACAGAUAUUGA